AUGGUCGGAAGGAAGCGCAACACUCCGCAGAGGGGCGCUCGGCAACAGGCGAAUCGCGGCGGCGGCGGCAAUGAGCCCGACAUCUAUCAGCAGAUGCUGGCUGAGGCCGGGGUCUCUGCGCCGGCUGUGAGCUCACCGGAGAGGCCGCUGAAGAGGAGACGCGGAGUUGCUUCGUCGCCGGAUCGGGCUGUAUCAGAGAAAGCUGAGCCGGCUGUAUUAUCAUCAUUAUCAUCAUCGGUGGGAGAGGCAUCGAGAUCGAAGACUGAAAAGCCGGGUGACGGCGAUGAGGAAGCAGAAGAGGAUGAUGAUGAGAUGGAAUUUGAAGACGUCGCCAUCCCCGAACCUACUCUUCAAACCCUUGAGCUUGAUUCAGACGACGAUGAAGAAGAUGAGGACGAGGCGCUUCAAUUCGAAGACGUGCAGUUCAACAUGCCCUUACCGGAUGAAGCCUCACAAUCACAAGAGCCACAGGAACUUGAACUCAAUCUCUCGGCACAAAAAUCUGCCAUGACGUCAAAACAAGGGGCAGACCGACGAAAGCCACUCAAAAAGGAAGAAAAGGAACGCCGCAUUGACAUCCACAAGACACAUCUACUCUGUCUAUUGACUCACGUGGCCAAGCGCAACCAUUGGUGCAAUGACGCGCAAGUCCAAGAGUCCCUUCGGCCUCACCUGACGGAUAAGAUGGUUCAAUAUCUGACCCCUGGGACAAACCUUUCGCAGUUUGGAAGGACCGAGAGCCUCAAGAACGGGCUGAAGCUUGUCGCAGACAUGUGGAAGAACAAGUUUGAGAUUACAGAGCGCGGCAUGAGGAGAGCUCUGUGGGCGGAAAAGGUAGAGGAUCUUGAUAGCUAUGAACUCCCGGAUGACAUGGAAUCAUGUCUGGAUAAAUCUGACUUUAGACAAGCAGCGAAGACGCUGCAAGGCUCACGCGAUGUCGGAGCCCAGUUGUACUGCGCCCUGCUACGAAGCAUUGGUGUUCGUGCGCGGCUCGUAUAUAGAGAAAUGGCGGCUGCCGUCUCAACGACCUCUGGCGCGGGACCUUCGACUGCUAGGCGCAGAUUAGGCCACCCAAACGCAACGGAUUACAGGUUUGAGCCCACGGCUGCUCCCAGCAGGCCUCGCCCGACCUUUGCGUCCCCCAAGAAGAUACGAGAGUCCCCUUACCCAAUAUACUGGGUGGAAAUCCUCGAUGUUGGGCAUCAGAAAUGGCAGCCCACGGACCCCGUGGUAACGCACACCUUUUGGAAGCCCAGAGUGUUUGAGCCGCCGAUCACAGAUCAAGAAAACUGCUUAUGCUACGUUGUGGCAUUCAAUGAAGAUGGCACUGCAAAGGAUGUCACCCGACGGUAUGCCAAGGGUUAUACGGCAAAGACACGAAGACUUCGCAUAGAGACUGCUGUGGACGACGGCAAGAAGUGGUGGCGCAAAGUCAUGAAGACGUUCCAGCCUGCAGUGGUUGAUGACCUGGAUCAGAUCGAGGACAUUGAGCUUGCCAGCGUUGAGGCGAGAGAGCCCAUGCCAAGGAACGUGCAGGAUUUUAAAGGCCAUCCUGUAUAUGCCUUGGAGCGCCACCUCCGUCGACAUGAGGUCCUCGCUCCCGGGGCCGUACCGUCCGGAACGGUUUCAGCUGGAGCCCGAGCUCCCUUGGAAAAGGUGUUCCGACGCAAAGACGUCCGAAUUGCGAGGAGUGCCGAGAAGUGGUUUCGUCUCGGUCGUGAAGUCAAGCCUCUAGAGAUUCCCGCGAAAUGGCUGCCCAAAAGAGUGCAGAAGAGAAGAUUUGGGCGCGACGAGGAAGCUGAACAAGAGUCAAACGAGGGCGAUGCGGGGAUUCCAAUAUACACGUCGGAUCAGACGGAGCUAUAUGAGCCGCCUCCGGUACGAAACGGACGCGUGCCGAAGAACAAGUUUGGCAACAUUGAGGUGUAUGUGCCCAGCAUGGUGCCGAAAGGUGGCGUCCACAUAGCGAGCGAGUAUGCGAGGCGUGCGGCGUACCUACUGGGGAUUGACUGCGCACCGGCACUCACGGGAUUUCAGUUCAAGGGACGACAGGGCACGGCUGUGUUGAACGGGGUUGUCGUUGCAAAGGAGUACGAGGAGGCCGUUCGCGCGGUGAUCCAAGGCAUGGUCGACCUGGAGCAAGAGAUGGAGGAUGACAAGAGGCGGUAUGUGGCUCUGAAGCUCUGGCGGCGUUUCCUCGUGGGCUUGAGAAUUCGGGAGAGGAUUUGGAGCGGCGUCGGCGAGGACGAGAGGAAGGAGGCGGAUAGACAGGCUGAGCUAGAAGCCGAGCUAGGAGGUGCCGAGAGCGACGAGACGGAGGAGUUUGAUAUGGUGGUUGAUGAUGACGACGAAGGGGGCGGGGGAUUCUUGGUGGAGUAG